AUGAAAAAGUCCUACUCUCCUUUGGCCGUAUUGGCACUGGCUGCCAGCGUGAGCGCUCAAUCAGCGCCCGGCUUCCCAGUACAGGUCGACACGGAGUUGGCGGUGGAUUUCCAAAGUUCCUCCGAAAGCUUUAUUCAGCCUGGUGAAAAGUUGUCUCUAGAUGACGUCCAAGACGCGCCGACUGCAUCCGGUCCGUCCGACUCGAGCAGCACCUUGGACUACAUGCUGUUCAUGGUCGACCAGGACGUCAAGUCUGAUGACGGAUCUCGCGUCGAGCUUCUUCACUACUUCCAGCCCAACCUUGCUGGAGCAUCGGAGGUGCUCUCUGACUUCUCUAACGACGCCGACAACUUCACCUCGGCGUCUCCGGUGCCGUACAUCGCUCCGGGACCUCCAGCGGGCGACGGCCCUCACAAAUACACGGUCUUGCUGUACAGACAGUUCAAGGGCUUCUCAAUCCCUAGCGAGUACUCGUCGUUUUUCCCCCCGUCGGACGUCAAUGCGCGAAUUGGUUUCGACAUGGCAGGCUUCGCUAAAGCCGCCAACUUGCCGGAGCCGGUUGGCGCCAACUGGUUCCAGGUCGAGAAUGGUGAAGCUGCUCCAUCGAGUACGGCGAGCUCUGAAUCCGCGGCCAGCACGAGCAGCAGUGAGUCGGCAGCGUCCUCGACCUCUGCUUCAGAUAGUAGCGCGACGACCACAGCCACCAGCAGCUCUGGGUCAGCAGAGGCUUCAGCAACGGGUUCAUCAGAGACUUCAACGGCUGCUUCUACAGAGUCCGCUUCAGCUUCUUCCUCGGCCAGUGCAUCAGCCACUUCCGCAUCUUCCGAUGGCAAUGCUGCUGGAUUCGUUGACGCCCGGAAUAGCUUUGCUGGGUUGGUGGUUGCUCUUUCGUUGAGCGUCUUUGGUCUAUGGUUGUAA